AUGGAAUACGACAUUGAUAAAACUGUGGAAAUCAAGAAAGAAAUCACCGAAGAUCCAGAGACAAUUACAGGUCAACAGAGUACUUCAGAUACCGCCGGGAAUUCCAAGAGUGAUUUGAAAAAAUCAACAGAAGGGCAAGAUAGUGGGCUAUUUGCUUUUCAAACUAUUUACAUUUCUUCUGCCAAUAAGCCUGCUGCCGAGACUUUAAUUAAAUACGAAAUUGAUGAAACAUUGGAAAUCAAGGAUGCAAUCAUCCAAGAUCGAGAAAAACCUACAUUACGAAAACGCAAAAUCAAGAGGAAGAAAAUUCAUUGUUUAAACCCGGAUAGAAAGUACAAAUGCGAAGAAUGUGAGCGAAGCUAUGUUCAGAAACAAAAGAAAACAAAGAGUGCUUCGAAAGAAACAAGAAUAAAAUCAACAGGGGAAUAUCGAACAUAUCCUUCAAUAUUCCGGUGGGAAGAUCACAAUCUACUGCCCAGAAGUCUUGAAGAGGAUUUGAAUCCCGGGAUUGAAUUUAUCAGUGUUGAAACCUUAAAAAUCAACGAAAAAAUUAUCGAAGAAAAGUCAAAGAGUGAAUCAGAAAAAUCAUAUCCUUUAGCGAACCAAUGGGAACAUCACAAUGAAUUGCUUAUAAAUACUAAAAAGGACAUUACCUGCAGAAUUGAAUAUAGUAAUGAUGAAGCUUUGGACAUCAAGGAAGGAAUUAUUGAAACAAAUGGGAAUUAUUCGAAAAAAGAGGUAAAGCUAAGCGAUAAUCGAAAGUAUCAUCCAAAAUUGUUCGAAGUACAUCAGGCCAAAAGGAACCCGACAAAUGAAGAUUCGAAUAAGAAAUCGGAAAGGAAACACAAAUGCGAAAAAUGUGCUCGAACCUAUAAACAAAGGCGUCUUUUGAAUCAACAUCAAAGAUUCGAAUGCGAUGGCAUUCCAAAAUUCGGGUGUUAUAUCUGCGGCAAACGAUUUGCACGGCAACCAACCGUUUGGCGCCAUAUAGAACAAGUGCAUAAAAAAAUAAACUUAAAUAAAUCGAAAGAAAGGUUUAAUUGUGACAAAUGUUCUCUAAGCUAUGCUUCGCAAAGUGGUUUAAAUAGACAUAAAUAUGUAAAACACGAAGAAUUUACAAGACAAUAUAUUUGCCAUGAGUGUGAUUACAAAACGACUGAAAAGGGGAACUUGUGCAAACAUAUUGCACGUCAUCUCAAGUAAUUAAGUUAUACGUACACAAAACUUGCACUGAUGUCUACCACAAUUUUAUUACCAUACUUAAUGCUUUUACCUAAUUAAUUUGUUUAUUUUUGUACAAAAAAGAAUAGUUUAAACUUCUUUUUAAUUUAUAAGAAACUGCACAAUUAUUUUUACAUUAAAUGGAAGAAAGUACGGGGUUGAGAGAAAAAUCAUCAAAAUAUUAUAUUUUUUUGUGUCACCCUAAUAUACACUAAUACGCAUGAA